AUUCCUACAGUGGUUGGGAUCUUUAGUGCAUUUGGCCUUGUCUUCUCUGUCUCCCUUUUUGCUUGGAUCUGCUGCCAGCGUAAAUCUUCCAAAUCCAAUAAGACCCCUCCAUAUAAGUUUGUCCAUGUUCUGAAGGGGGUUGAUAUUUACCCUGAGAAUCUCAACAGCAAGAAGAAGUUUGGAGCAGAUGAUAAAAGUGAAGCAAAGAACAAAUCAGCGAUGCCAAAGAAUUCUCUCCAUCUUGACCUGGAGAAGAGAGAUCUAAAUGGCAACUUCCCCAAAACAAUCCCUAAAAUACAGAGCUCUCCAGAUCUUGAAAAUUUGUCUCCUAAGCACUUUGCAGAAAGGAAGAAAGAUUCAGUAUCCCCUGAUAGUUUAAAAUCCAUCACUUCCCUGUCAUCUGAAGAUAAGCAAGACAAGCUAGGAACUCUUUUUUUCUCCUUAGAGUACAACUUUGAGAAAAAGGCAUUUGUAGUGAACAUCAAAGAAGCACGUGGGCUGCCAGCAAUGGAUGAACAGUCAAUGACUUCUGAUCCUUACAUCAAAAUGACAAUCCUGCCUGAGAAAAAGCACAAGGUGAAAACCAGAGUGCUGAGAAAAACCUUAGACCCAGCUUUUGAUGAGACCUUCACGUUUUAUGGCAUCCCCUAUAGCCAAAUUCAAGACUUAACGCUUCACUUUAUGAUCUUGAGCUUUGACAGGUUUUCCAGAGAUGAUGUCAUUGGAGAAGUCCUUAUUCCCCUCACAGGAAUUGAACUGUCAGAAGGAAGACUGCUAAUGGACAGAGAGAUCAUCAAAAGAAAUGUUAGGAAAUCAUCUGGGCGUGGAGAAUUGCUGAUCUCUCUCUGUUAUCAGUCUACAACAAACACACUCACUGUGGUUGUUUUAAAAGCCAGGCAUCUACCUAAAUCUGACGUGUCGGGAUUAUCAGACCCUUAUGUCAAAGUGAACCUGUACCAUGCUAAGAAGAGAAUUUCUAAAAAGAAAACCCAUGUGAAGAAAUGCACCCCCAAUGCAGUGUUCAAUGAAUUGUUUGUGUUUGACAUUCCUUGUGAGGGCCUUGAUGAUAUCAGCAUUGAAUUUUUGGUUUUAGAUUCAGAUAGGGGGUCAAGGAAUGAGGUUAUUGGCCGGUUAACCUUGGGAUCUUCAGCAGAAGGAACAGGUGGAGAACACUGGAAAGAAAUCUGUGAAUAUCCUAGGAGACAAAUUGCCAAAUGGCAUAUGUUGUGUGAUGGUUAG